AAACCUCAUUGGCUGGGAUCAGUGACGCACUUCUGAAAGCCGCAGUUUGGCACCAUCUUUUCCAUCUCCUGCUCCUUCCGCCUUCCCGCCAUCCGGCCUCCACACGAUUCAGCCCGGUGGUGUUAGCCCCCUGGACUCGAUUCCUGAGGCAAACAGUGCCCCUUAAGGUCGGCGACAGCCUCUUCUGGAUUCACUGCAGUCCAACCGGUUCCCUACGCUCCGCCAUUAUGAACAUCCGCAACGCUCGGCCAGACGACCUGAUGAAUAUGCAACACUGCAACCUCCUUUGCCUUCCUGAGAACUACCAGAUGAAAUACUAUUUAUAUCAUGGCCUUUCCUGGCCCCAGCUUUCUUACAUCGCUGAGGAUGAGGACGGGAAGAUUGUGGGCUAUGUUCUGGCCAAAAUGGAGGAGGAACCAGAUGAUGUCCCGCAUGGCCAUAUCACCUCGCUGGCCGUGAAGCGUUCACACCGGCGCCUCGGCCUGGCCCAGAAGCUGAUGGACCAGGCCUCCAGGGCCAUGAUAGAGAACUUUAACGCCAAAUACGUGUCUCUGCACGUCAGGAAGAGUAACCGGGCAGCCUUGCACCUUUAUUCUAACACCCUCAACUUUCAGAUUAGUGAGGUGGAACCUAAAUACUAUGCAGAUGGGGAAGAUGCUUAUGCUAUGAAGCGGGAUCUCUCGCAGAUGGCAGAUGAGCUGAGACGACAAACGGACCUGAAGAAGGGCGGGUAUGUGGUCCUGGGCUCCAGGGAGAACCAGGAGACCCAGGGCAGCACACUUUCUGAUUCUGAAGAGGCCUGUCAGCAAAAGAACCCGGCUACCGAAGAAAGUGGCAGUGACAGCAAAGAACCUAAGGAGUCUGUGGAGAGCACCAACGUCCAGGACAGCUCAGAAAGCUCGGAUUCCACCUCCUAGAGCAUGCUUAAGUUGUGAAAAAUCAGUAGUCUGUGGCAGAAGACAUCAAUUAAGAAAUAAGAAGAUUUGGAUACAAGUCUGAGCUCAAUUACCAGAAGCUCAGGCAAGUUAUUUAACUUUCUUGGGCUUCUUUUAUCAUCUAACAGAUGUAUGAUAGCGAAUUUUACGUCAAGCUGUCUGGUCCACAGUGCCCAGAUAUGUGGUCAAACAUUAUUCUGGUUGUUUGUGUGAGGGUGUUUUGGGAUGAAAUUAACAUUUAAAUUGGUGAACUCUGAGUAAAGAAGAUUGCCCUUCAUAAUUAGAAUGGGCUGCAUCCAAUCUACUGAAGGCCUUAACUGAACAAAAGGCUGACCUCCCUGAGCAAGGAGAAUUAAUUAUGCCUGUAGACACAGCAUGAAGACCCUCUUCCUGGGUCUCCAGCCUGCUGGUCCAUCCUGCAGAUUUUAGACUUGCCAGCCUCUAUAAUGGUGUGAGCCAAUUACUUAAAAUAAGUCACUUUGUAUAUACACACAUAUAUAUAAAUAUAUAUAUACCCCUAUAUGAGUAUAUAUAUAUAUACACACACACACAUCCCAUUGGUUCUAUAACUCUAAUAUCUAAUAUACAGAGUAUGCCCGGUAAAGCUCUAAGGUUUUUGACAUCUCCAACAAUUUCAGCAUAUGGGUUUCAAAUAUACAUAUGUGGGUUUUACUACAAAUAUACAUAUGUGGGUUUUACUACAAAUAUACAUAUGUAGGUCUUACUACAAAUAUACAUAUGUGGGUUUUACUGUAGUUUUUAAACUAUAUGGGUAUUAAAAACUCCAGGUACAUCCAGGGCACUCUGGAAGUUCCAACUGACCUUAUUAACUCCACUAAGAUAAGAUAGCCAUUUGGUAAAUGACUACAGAAAUAAUGCUUACAUUGACUUACCUGCCUUGUAACUGUCCUCCAAACCUGAGAAUGAAAUAUGUUUCCUAAAACUCUAUGUGAUCAGAAUAAAAAGUAUAUGUUCAUAGGGUUUAAGGAUAGCCAGACCUACCCAGCACACCUGAAACAAUAGCAUGUAUACAAUCAUUUACUUUGUCCAUGGGUAAAAUGAGUCCUGAUAACAGAGCAGGAGACGUCAGUCUUCUUUGUCAUCAAUCAUAAACACUAAGUUCCUAGUUUUAAAAUAUAGUUAAUUCUGUUAUUCUGUAACUGACUAUCCAGAUGUGUAUUACUCAGAGCUUUUCAUUUGGCAACACGUGUUUUUGCCAUUUCACAGCUCAUUUGUACUUCCACUAGCUUUGAUACACUCAUUACUAUCUCUGGCAAAAGAUUUGGUGAGAGAGGCAGCUGAUGCAAAUGAGAUUUUUAGAUUAUCCACGCUCUCCCUUUCUACCAUGACCAUGGAUAAUCAAGAAUUCACUGUGCAAAGAGCAUAGAAUGCAAUUAGGCAUUAGAUAAGGAAAGCUUCACACAUAAAAUCACUAGGAAUGUUUUGAAGGCAGUAUCAAAUAAAAACGUGCACCUGUGAAAACAAGCUGAUGUUUCUUGUUAAUGCUGCCUGAUGCCUUCUGAAAUGUCUCAAGAGAAAUGAUCAUAAAAAAUUAUGGGCCCGGCGCGGUGGCUCACGCCUGUAAUCCCAGCACUUUGGGAAUCUGAGGUGUGCGGAUCACAAUGUCAGGAGAUCGAGACCAUCCUGGCCAACACGGUGAAACCCCAUCUCAAAAAUUAGCCGGCCGUGGUGGUGGGCCCCUGUAGUCCCAGCUACUCAGGAGGCUGAGGCAGGAGAAUGGCGUGAACCCUGGAGGCGGAGGUUGCAGUGAGCCGAGAUCGCGCCACUGCACUCCAGCCUGGGCAACAGAGCGAGACUCCGUCUCAAAAAAAAAAAAAAAAAAAAAAAAAAAGACAGUAAUUCCUCAACCCAUUUCACAGUAGGGAAAACACCUUCAUUGAGUGGUAGUGUCUAAAGGAUACAUGUUGAUUUCGUGGUGCUGUCAGCAAUCAUCUCAUUCAAAAAGUGUGCAAUUAAAGCCUACUAAGUUUCUGACAGAGCUCGAGGUAGGCACUGAGGAUAUGAAGAUGGUAAGACACAGCUCCUGCUUACAUUUUAGUGGAGAGGCAGAUAAGUAAGUAAAUUAUUUCACUUUAACAAGGCUAAUUCUAUUACAAGGGAAUUCCAAAAGUGCUAGGAGAGGACAGAGGGACAUUUAUUCAAGUCUAGCAAGUCAGAGAAGCCUUUUAGCAGGAGGUGAUAUAAAGUAGUAAGGGAUGAUUAGAAGUUAAAUGUUUUAUGAAAAAGUAAAGGUAAUUUUAGACAAAAUAAGAAUAUGAACAAAAGCAUGAAGAAUUAGGAGAACUUCAUAUUUAGGGACAACCGUAAGUAGUUCCUUAUACUCUAUCCUAAAGUAUGAAUCAGGUAGAAUCAAGUAAUGAGAAAAGAGACAUAAACCAGUGGUGAAAUUACCUUAACUAACUUUGCUAAGAAGCUUGGGCCUGAUCCAGUAAAUGAUAAAAAGCCAUUGAAGAAUUUUGACUGUGAGUGAUGUGGCUAAACAGGUGUUUUAAAUUGAUCAUCCCAGAUAGAUAGGGUGGGUUUUAUUAGUGGGGAAGAGGAUCUGAACAAGGAAAAUAUGUUGAAAUUGUCACAAAAGCCAAUUCGGUAACAUUGUAACUAAACAAAGGUAGUUCAGGUAAGCGUAAAGGAAAAGACUUGAGAAACAUUUAGAAGAUAAAUCGCCAAGACUGUUGAAUAAUUGAAUAUAGUUGGAGAGACAAAGGAAACAAAAGAAUAUUUCCAAGAUUCUAGAAAGUAAACAUAGAACAAAAAACAGGUGGAGGACACUUGGUGGUUGAUGAGUUCAGUACUGGCAUGUUGAGGCCAUCCAAGGAGAGAUGACAAGCAUGCAUCUGCACCUUCAAACAUAAAGCUCAGGUAAAAUUAGAGCUGAUGAUACACAUUUGGGAGUCAUCAAGAUAGUCGUUCAAAUUAUGAGAGUGAAUGAACUACCCAAGGAGACAGUGUAAAAUACUGAUUCUCAACACCGGCUGCACAUUAGAAUCAAAUGAAAAGAUACUUAUGCCAAAGAUACCCUCAGACCACUUAAAUCAGAACUUAUGAGGUGCAGCCAGGAUCUGGAAUUAUCACAUUAAGGAAAAAUAAAGGCAAGCCCACGACUUUUUCUUCAUGCCUAUGAAGAAAACCAAAAAGAAAUGGACAGAAGUGUAUGAAGGAAACCAGAAGAAAAAAAAUAAUGCCACUACUUCUAUAGUCUCAAUUGCAUUCACUAGAACAGGAUGAAUAUGACAUAAACAUUGUUUUAAAAAUAAAUACUGUGAUGUUCUAUCAUUUCAGAAAUCCUUGAUCACCACAAUAGCAUCCCAUUUCAAGAGCUCAAGUCCAUUUUACCACUAUAAAAUCAAUUAGCUGGUUAUGCUCCAUUAUAAAUGGGUUUCCAAAAGUUUUAAUUCCUUUAAUCCAUGGUGAAGCAUAUAUUAUUUUAAAACUAAGCAGAUGUGUUCAACAAUUAUAAGAGGUCCAAGAUGAAAUUGAUGCCUUUUGUGGAAAAAAUAUUUUAUUACAGAGGAUUUAUCUGUUUAGAUAAAUCUUAGUUUUCUUUGUUAUUCUUUAAGGGCUGUUAGUUGGGGGAUGGGGCAGAACUUCAAUCCAUUACAGAUUGAAAUGUAAAAUUUGAUGUACACAUUUAUACCUGUAUUUAUAAUAAGCAACAUUCAAGGUACUAAUGGCAUGUUUGCUCCCAAAAAUUAUAUUACACUUUUAUUGUUUGAGGCACUGCUUUUGGUUGCAACUGAAAAUGUGAUUAUGACCUCUAACAAUGGUAAUUUAAGUAUUAAUUUCCACUUCUUUUCAGCAACUGGCAGCAUCCAUCAAUUAUACCAUUAGCUUCCCAAUGAUUGCAGCUGCAAAAAGCAGAAUUAGUGUUUAAGCUACUGUCACUCACCUGAAAUUUUACAGUUCUAAUUAGUGAGCCAAGAAGGCUGUCAACAACUAAAUGCCAAAUGAUUGGCCUGGAAAAACAGCACUUCCUAACCCUUCCCCAAACUCACUCAUCCACUGUUGUUAUGUCAUUUCCUCCUAGUUCAGAAUUCAAACUGUCAGAAAACUCUUUAUUUUUUGUUUCUGGCAAUAUUUCUUAACAAGUGUUAAUAAGACAAUGGACAGGCAUGUCACUUAAGCCCACCUGCUGUCUAUAGAAAAGUUGUUUCAUACUCCAUUUUACCUUAUAUCUUUGCUUCUGCCAAAUCUGAUAGUGUAGUUAUUAUUUUACUUAUGUACCAGACACUUUGCUAGAUAUUAUACAUAUACAGAUAAGUAGCAGGAAAAGAUACUUGUUCUCAGGGAAGUUACAUUUAAAAUAGAGAGUUAAACACAUUGACAGGAAGAUAAUAAAUUUAAAAAUAUAUCAAAAGGAUAGAUUCUGUGAAAAUAAUUAAAAUAGAGUUAUGGGACUGACAGUGAGUAGAAGUCUACUUUGAAUUUGGUAGCUACAGAAAGCCACUCUGGAGAUAUGUCAGCUUAGUCAUGCAACAUCAAAUGGAGUCUACAUUCAGAGCCCAAGGAAGAGUAUUCUAGUAACAGGGUAAAAAGACUUUAGGGCAGGAAUGAAUAAAAAAUCUGAAUAUUGAGAAAAAGAAAAAAGGCCAUUGUGGACCGUAGUGGGAAAGGGUAAUAUCAGUUUAAGAUGAGGUAACAGAUAUGGUCAGAGGCCAGAGCAAGUAAAGCUUUGUAAACUAUAGUUUAAGGAGUUUGGAUUUUAUUCGAAGUAUAGCAAAAUGUCACUGGAGGGUUUUAAUUUAUGUUGUAAAAAGACUACUUCCUCUGGCUACUGUGUAAAGAAAGGAUUAUAAUUCUUGAGAAAUUCCUACACAUUUACAGUGAGAACAUGAACAAAAAUGCCCAUAGAAAUAUUGGUUAUAAUAGCAAAAACUGAAAUAAUACAAUGAAAAAUCAAUUUUGUGACAGUCUUAAAAUAGACUGCUAUAUGGUCAUGAAAAUUACAACUACAGUGGAACAUAUGAAUAUAAAGCAAACAUAACUAUGAGUGGAAAAGAAAUUGAAGAAUAAUAUAUACAGGAUGAUUCCACUUACAUAAAACUGAAAAUCACAUAUAAACUAAACAAUAUCUACUUUAGGAUAUACAUAUACAGUGAAAAAGUAAAUCAAUGUAAAUUGUGGACAUAUCCUAGGAUGACCCUCAAGGAGUCAUACCAUUGUAUAGUCCCCUCCCUUGCAGUAUGGGCUUCUAACCAAUAGAUUAUUGCAAAGGCGGUGGAAUGUCAUUCUUCUAUUUUCACAGACAGAAGUGAAACAUUCUCAGUAAAUACUGACCCUGAAGUAAGUUGACACAUUGUGAUGUUGUAAGUCUACAGCAAAACCUAUGUGGCAAAGGACUCUCAAGAGUUGGAAGUGUCCCCAAACCAAUGACCAGUAAGAAAACAUAAAUCUAAAUCCUAUAACCACAUGAAGAGGAAUUCUGCUAACAACCUACAGUAUGUGGAAUUAGAUCUUUCCCUGGUUAUGCCUUUGAUGAGAACACAGCUCAGCCAAUCUUAAUCUUAAUUGCAGCCUUGUCAAACUGUGAAAAGAGGACUCAGCUAAGCCAUGCCCAAAUACCUGACACACAUAAACUGUGAGAUAGUAUGUGUAUGUUGUUUUAAGCCACUAAGCUUGUGAUAAUUUGUUACACAGUAAUAGUAAACUAAUUCUGAAAUAAUAGACACAAACUUUGGAGUAAUUAUUACCUCUGGAGGAAGGAGAUGUAACUAAUGGCAUCACAGUGUGGUCUUCAAGGUUGUUGUUAAUAUGUGCUUUCUUCUUUUUAUAUCCUCAUAUUUUCUCUUGCAAAGAAUAUGUUAGAUAUUUUAAUUAAAAUCUUAGAGUCUCUGACUUUAAUUGACUAGAUUAACCCAUUUAUAUUUAUUGCAGCUUCUAUUAUUUUAGGACCUAAUACUGCUAUCAUUUUUAAAAUAUUUUUUCAUUUUUUAUACUUUCCUUGCAUUUCUUUUCUUCAUUUAUGCUUUCUAUUGCAUAAAUUUAGUGUUCUUACUCUGUUUAUAUAAUAUUUUCUCCAUUUGCUCUUGUAAUAGACUUAAGACCCAUUUAAAUUGCUUUGCCUAAUGAAACAAGUACUACAGCAUUCUGCCAUAUUCCUACGUACUCCUCUUGUCUAUUAUGUUAAUUUUGUCUAUAAUUUUAUUUUGAGUUCUAAAACUUCCCCAGAGCUGAGGGAGGAAUCCAGCUGCCUAUACUGGUUUGCCAUUUUGUUAGGAUAAGAAAUGUUUCAUUGUAAUAUUUAGUUGUCUAUUUCUUCAGCUAUUUGGCAGGAACAUAAUUGUUUUAUCAGCCUUUAAGUGUCACAUGUAUGUAAUAGUAUUUUGUAUGAAUCAUUUAUUUCAUUAAUAUUUUAAAUAAAAAAGCAUCUAGCACAAUCGGUUUUUAAUAAAUAUUAGUAAAUUUAAAAGUGGAAUACAAGGAACCGAAUAAUUAUUCUCUUGAUCACUAUUUCACAAAUGCUCUGGUGAUACCAACAAAGUUAAGAAAUUAUUCCAACAGGUAAGAAAGAUCUUGUCCAGCCUUUCCUUUUUAUCUAGAAUCAGUGAGGUUACUAUCACAUCUACUUGCUUGAAUCAUUGAUGCCAUUCUGUUAUUCGUUUAUGAAACAUGAGUCUGCUUAUUCCAAGCACUUUCGGCCUCUUUAGGCAUAUUGCUUUUAAUUAAGCACCUGUUCUAUGCAAGUCAUUGUGGUUAUUAAUGUGCAGGAUAUGAAAAAUAAUUUGGCAGAACCCACAAUGAGCUUCUCUUCUAGUAAGGGGAGAUGGAUAUGCUCACAAAUAAUUAUAAUAGAAGGUUAAUGUGACAAAUGCAAAAGAGGGGUAUAAAUAGAUUAAUGGGAAAAGAGAAGAGAAGGCUUUAUAAAAGAUGUUUGGGCUGGGCCUUUGAAGAAGGGUAGAAUGUGAACUCCAUGAAUAAAUGUGUUCUUUUUUCUUACCUCUGAGCUGUCAUAAACACUGUUUUAAGUACAUAUACACUCUUAAGUGUCCGUGUAGCCUAGCUAAUUGCCACUUUUUCUUAGGUUCUCAGUUUUGUUGUAUUGUCCUUCAGGAAUCCUUCCAGCUCCCCAUGCUCACUUCCCUGAGCUUGAAUUAAGUGCUUUUUCCAUGUAUGCCCCCCAAACCCUAGUAAGUAAUCUUUGCUGUUACUUUUACCAUAGUCUGUAGUAAUUACAAUAAAAUUGAGAAGUUCCUGUGUCUGCUAAAAAUGUUAGCAGAGGUUUGCAGACAUCUAUUUGGGUUAAUUACUUGUAUUGAGGGACAGAGACCUGUGAGCAGAAAUGUUUUAUCAGAGCCAAAAAUAAGAGAGGGAAAUGGAGAAGAGAAUGUGCAUCUCUUCUCCAGCUUUAACCCCAGAGGCUGGAUUGGACAGAACUUUGUGAGACCUGGGGCGUAAGUAGCGAGGCUUGGUAGUUCAGGUGACAAAGCAAAACUUAGAGGUAAGGCUCAGGGCAUUUUCACAUUCUGCUGAAAACAGCAUGUUACACCAACCCAAUGGCAACGUGGUGCCCCGAGGAAUUUGCAAGGUUUGGAAUACAGGACAUUGAAGAGUGGGAGGGGCAACAUACAUGCAGAGGUACCACUAGCAGUCAGAAGUGCCUUUGUGGGAGCCCAAAAAAGAAAAUUGAAGGAUUCUAUGAACACGUAUGAGGUAUCCUUGGGAAUUCCUGAGUAACUCAGGAAACUUAGAAGGAAAACUGAUGUUCAUAACUUAAGAAGGUCUGAGGCAACAAAUUCAGACAUUAAGGUUAAUAUAAAUUUAUCUACAUCUAACAGAUGGUGAGGCCUAGAGAGUUUUGUAGGAUUAUUUCUAUAUCCCUACUUCCUUAAUUAGAUUGUGAUUUCUUGAGAGGAGAGACUGUGCCUGGUUCACUGUGGGAUUGCUAGAAUUUGGCAUAGUGUCUGAAACAUAUAGUAUAUAUUCAUUUAAUAAUUACUGCCUAAAUGAGUCAUAGGUGGCAUUAGAACUGAAAAUUCAGGACUCUUUACCUGAAUUAGUAUUGAAUUGACUCCUGAUUUCCUUUAUAAAAUAUUUGUAACUGGGCCUUUGAAGAAAUGUAGAAUUUGUGCUUCUUAAAUAUGUGUGUUUUUCCCUCUCACCUCUGUGCUUUCAUAAACAUUAUUUUAGCUGGAUAUACACUCUUUUGCAUCUUCUUAGCCUAGCUGAUUUUUCACUUAUUCUAGAGGUUCACAGGCAUCUAUUUGCAUGAAUUAUUUGUAUUGGGAGAAAAGACCUGUUUCGCAUGGGUAACUCAGUUUCACAUGUGUGAAUAAAAACAAAGUUGCAAGCAGAUUAAAGAUAGUAAGUGAACUUUCAAACAUUCUCCUCAGUCUGUUUCUAACCACAUCCAGUAAAAUACAGUGUUAUCUGGUAAGAACAGAUGGGUUUUCAAACAAAUAUAAUCAAUUUCUACUAUAAUUUGGUUAAUGCUGAAUGACGAAGUUUUGAAAUUGUGUAUAAAGGGUUUUCUCUGUAAUUCCCCCAAACAGUACUAUUUGGGAGUGAGUGUCUAGUCAGUGAAUAUUAACUCCUUACAUUUCAAGUACAGCACAUAUGAACAUUUCUACACAUAUCAUAUGCUGCAUUGGAUGGUACAUAAAUAACAAGGUACAUUCAGAGCAUCAUGCAGAUAUAAAGGCUGGGGUGUCUGAGGUAGCAUUUUCAUUCACAAGACUGAAUCUGUGUGUUGUGGUCAGAAAUCAAAGCUAAUGUCAAAAUCUUCUUACAAAAACAAGAUUUUUCAUAGUGAUGAGAGAAUUUACAGCAACCAAACUGAUUUAUUGAUGAAUUUACUAUGCUCAUGUGUCAUUAAAUAGUAUGUAUAGACUGAAAUACAAGAGACCUACACUGUUGCACAGGCUUUCAUGAGCAUAUGUGCUUCUGCUGCAGAGCUGCCUGUGGGCUACUGGGGCUCCUGGAUGGUCUAGCCAUGUGUCUUCCCUAGGAGUAUAUUUAAAGAUUUAUGCAAAAAUCUUUGUGGCACCAAUAACAAGUUGGAUUCUUGCACUCCCACUGUCAAAAAAAAAAAAAGAAAAAGAAAAAAA